UCGUUGCAGAAGGCUUGAGCUAGUAAACAAACAGUAGAAACGUAUUACACUUAUGGUGCGCGAAGAUACAGCAUGCGGAACACUGAUACAAAUCGCUCAGAUUUCUGCAGUGUUUUCCGUUUUUUUCUCAGCAUGAGCAAAUACAGGGUUUCAUAAUGCUCAUGUGGUUUUCCGUGCUAUAACUGUUAAUCUGCACAGUGCGGUGUGCACCAUUCGAAACAGAGGAUGCAUCCAGAUAUUAUAACUGCACGGCACUGGAGGAAUCAUGUAUGGAGUAUGGGAAUUCUUCCGGAGUAUGGAGUAUGGAAUAUUCUUCCGGCGGGGGCGUUUUGUUUUACCUUGGCCCCUAACCGCCCAAGAUAUCAGUCGAUACAACCAACCCCUUGGCAAAAGAGUACUGCCGGGGAGUGAAUUAACAUGAUAACUGCAACAUUAUCGCGCACAUCAGAAAUUGACAACGGCACAAUCGCUAAUGAGGUGUGAUUUCGGCUCCAUUGUGUCAUUUGAGAUGAGACGCUUCGCAAGGUUAAGCAUAUGCGUCUAUGGGAAAAACACCCGUGCAGUCGACCUUUCAACGUGUAUACACUCUUCUACUGGUUUUUUCUAAGUACAAUCAAAGAGAAGUUAUUCACCACAAAAUUAGUACAAAAUUAAACUAAUCUUAACAAUUUUAGCUAUACCAGCAAAAUAUUGCAUUCGGUUUUAUGCAAAAGUAAAUUAUGUCCCAAGUUACAGCUCUUGCCAUAUACACGUAGCCAGGGCGGCGACUUCGCUGUACUUGCAUGGCUUUCAAUUUACUCUUGUACAGAACUUGUGAAGUGUGAGCGCCGUUUACUUGUUGUUACUCGAUUGUGAAAAGCGAUUUAUGACAAGUUUUUAGCAACGACUUACAGAGUAUGUGUUACAUAUAGCACUUUUCUACAAUUUAUUAUUACCCAUUUUUUAACUUUUACACAAAAAUGAACUAGUGUAAUUUUGAAAAGUUUAAGCGGAUCGUGGGAGUGUUGCAGAGCAGUAACGUUUAAAUUACAAAAACUAUAACAGAUAUAACUAAAAGUAGUAACUAGCAUCAACGACUGGCACUAAUUUUAUAUAUAAUAUCCUGAAGAUAUUUCAGACACCGUAUGCCCGCCCUAUGAGAUCCAAACUAAACUUUUAUUUGACGCGCGUUUUUUUAGAAAAUCUCAGUCAUUAAUGAUUAAUCGCAUUUGCUGAUAGAACCAUUCCAUAAUCUAAAACCAUUCACUACUGGGAUAUGAUUACCGUUUAUAUUCACUUUCAAAUUCUGCAUAGCCCCACACAACUACAGAGUACAGAUAUACUGUAACUCCAACAUUGAACUCCCAAACAGAUUUGCACCAUGUCAGUUUCAAUUAUAACUUAUUUAAUUAACUAUUGUUAUAUUAAUUGAUAUUAAAAGAAAAAUGACGCUGAAACAAGUUGUUAGAUCGGAUUCAGAAUGGAGAUUUGCAUUAUGGUUGUUAAGAAGUCCUAUAUGUCUCACGAUACUGUCUCAUCUGAAAUGACAAUGGCUAGGCACGCUACGCCUCGUAUACCCUCGGCACGCCUGAUUGUGCGGUUGUCAAUUGCAGAUAUUAAUUUCUUUGUUGCGAUGUUUCUUAACUUUCGGAAUGUCAGCUUCACGACGCUUUUCCUAAUAAAAACAGGCUGCAAAGAUUUUGUAAAUGCAUUUUGAGAAUUUCAAAAAUGCAAAGGGUGUAUGUUCAACAUGACCUCUGAGUGUCCACACAUGCGAACCGGCAACAGCUCCUUUCAAGGCAAAUCAGCGAAAGGCGCAGUAUAUACCGCAUUAGCGCGUUUCUGUGUAGAUGGGGACCUCCUCGAGUAUUUUGCUGUUCAGGGAUGCGUAAAAAAGUGAACAUAUCGGAUAUGAUGAUCGCAGACUUCGAGCCGCACCGUACCGCCAAUCAGUCGCUGGAUAGCUACUUGUUGCAGGUUUGCAUGAAACUACUGGAUGAUUUCAAGGAAUAGCUCCCAUGCGACCCAGUUGAUUACCAACAUUGUCCCAGUCGUGGAGUAAUCUGCCGAGGUUGCUGGUUGAUCAUUGCACUUCCUUGUUUGAAAAGAGCAGUACACCCUCGCCCGACUGCAGUAAUUCGAAAGAAGAGCAAAAUCUAUCGAUCCAGAAAACAACCGGCUGUGUCGCUAGCGUCACGAGGCUCUGCUAUGUGUCCCCGCUGUCGCUCGCAAUGUACGACAUGGUCAUCCAGUCCAUGGCGGCAUGUCUCCAGCAAACUUAUGGCGAUGUGCUGUAUCAAAGGAUCAUCGAAUGUGCCGGUAUUCCGGUGACUGCCUUCAACACACACGAAGUGUACCCGGAUAAAUAUGUGAGGGCUCUGGUACAGACCGCCGCCGAAGUGUUGGAGGAGAAAAAAGAACCGGAGUAUUAUUUGGAGAUUUUCGGGAGGAUGUUCGUCUUGUAUUGCCAUACAUAUGGACAUGACAAGAUUCUUCGCGUGUCUGGCCGCCAUUUUCGUGAUUUAAUUCGCAACAUGAAUCACCUUCAUCACUGCAUGCGCUAUAGUUAUCCCCGCAUGAUCCAUCCGUCUUUUGUGGUUGUCGCUGAGGAUGUGUCCGGUAUGAUUCUUCAUUACGAGUCGAUACGGCAAGGUUUUGCUCCCUACGUUACCGGUCAGCUGAAAGAACUAGCCACUAACACCAAAUUCUUCAACAAGUCGUAUUUCAAUGUCUGUGUGAUGGAAGAGCGGGAGCUGUUACAGCGGGGAUCCUAUCUGACAGUAAUGCGGUUGGAUUUUCCGAAUAAUGGAUAUGUGGGAUCAAUGACCGGAUACAAUCACCACCUAACACCUCGGUUCCCCGGCCUUAAAUCGCAGACGUUUUUCAAAAUCCUUCCCUAUAGUUUAUUUCUGGAUGAACAGUUGAUCGUUAGGUUGUGUAGCAGCCGGCUGCAACGAUUGUUUGAAGAAAAAGUUGCUGGUCGACCACUGGUAGAGUUCUUCCGGCCAGCCCACCCCACUUUUGAUUUAACUCUUGAAGAGAUUCUACAUUUGCAAGAUGUCGUCAUAGAGCUGGAAUCAGUGCCCACUAUUCGCGUAGAAAAUCCUUACACCAAACAGAAUUUCCGGUCGCCUCAUCGACUCUUGCUCAAAGGACAAUUCAAACAAUUUUCCCCGCAACGCGUGGUAUUCCUGAGCUCGACGCCAACAUUGAACGACCUAUCCGAUGUGGAGCGCAUCGGCUUCUAUUUGAGUGAUCUGCCUCUUCACAGCGGCUCCGCGGAGUUAGCCGCUAGUGGAUGGCAUUCUCAGCAGAUAACGUUCCGUCAUUUUCAGAAAGAAGUUGAAAAUAGUAAACAGCUGGAAGAAUCUCUGAGAAAGCUAGCUGAAUGGCAGCGGAGUGGCGAUUCUCUGCUGAUGUCCAUGAUACCAGAGCACAUAAUCGAAAACAUGACGAACACCGGAAAACAGUAUUUUUGUGAGCCAUAUGACGCCGUCACCAUUAUGUUCGUCCGAUUAUUUGGCUUCAACGUGGUAUGUUCAAAAAUUCCGCCGACAGAAGUGAUCAAAGUCGUGAGUGAAUGCUGGAGUGCGCUGGACACGUUAACUGAUAGCUAUGAUGUGCUGAAAGUGGAGAACCGAGGUGAAGAGUACAUGGUCGCUAGUGGCAUCCCAAACAGACAUGGAAGCCAGCAUGCCAGUGAAACCGCCAGUCUAGCGCUGCAUAUAAUGCAGACGGUUAUGGACAUGGACUUUCCUCGAUUACCCGACCGAAAGAUGCAGAUUAGGAUCGGGAUUAAUUCCGGGCCUGUGGUUGGGGGUGUUGUUGGACUGCACUUGCCUCGAUUCUGCAUAUUUGGUGAUACUGUGAAUACAGCUUCCAGAAUGGAAUCAUCCGGCAUUCCUUUCCGGAUUCAGUGCAGUGAGAGAACUCGAAACUAUCUUGUGACAACCGGGAAUUUUGAAAUGAAGAAGCGUGGGAUAAUGAAAAUCAAAGGAAAAGGUGACAUGAGAGUGUACUGGCUCAUUAGUGAACAUGGAUCGGAUUUCAGUAUUGAAACUGAAGACUAAACAUAAUUUUUUCACUUUUUGUGAUUUUAACGCGAUAUAAAUUUUGCUUGCAACUUGCAGUUUUUGCGUGAAUGGCGCUGCUUACCGAUAAAAAUGCAAA